AUGGCGGCAGCGGCAGCCGUCGUCGGGGGCAUGGUUGCCUCGGGUGUCAUCAAGGUGGUGAUAAAACAGAUCGGCUCCGCCAUCGGCGGCAAGAUCAAGCUGCACAAGAACCUGAAGAGAGACCUGCAGAAGAUGCAGAUGACGCUGGAGUCGGUGGAGGCCGCGCUCAGCGACGCCGAGAGGCGGUCCAUCACCGACAGCUCGGCGCUGCUGUGGGUGAACCGGCUCAAGGCCGCCAUGUAUGACAUCUCCGACAUGCUCGACGACUUCCAAUCUGACACCCAGUCCCUGAUAUCCUGUUCUGCUAUACGGAUAGGACCAUACUUGUUAGUAUGUGAUGGAAGUCCAGACCAGUGCCAUUUCGGAGCUAUGAGGAAGAGGAUCAGUAUGCCAGACAAGAUGAAAAAGAUGCAAAAGUGUCUACAGAAGAUAACAGAAGACCAUCAGAACUAUCGUCUAACGCCAGAAACUUGCACCAAUGAGCAGCAACUUCCUGAUAUCCGGGAAAAUGCAGGGACUAUGGUGGAAGCAGAAAUCAUCGGGAGGGCCGAGGAAAAACUGGAAAUCUUGGCUCGAUUGUCUGGGAGCGCCAGUGAACAUACCACCUUUGUUCCCAUAUGGGGCUUUGGAGGCAUUGGAAAGUCCACCUUGGCAAGAUCGGUUUACAAUCAUCCUGAGUUUGAGAAACACUCUCGGGUAUGGAUCUAUGUUUCCCAGAUAUUUGACUUGAAAAAAAUUGGCAACACUAUAAUAUCACAACUAUCAAGACAACAGAGCCAGCAGAUACUUGAUCUGCACAGUAUUAACAUUCGCCUGCAAGAGCUACUUGCUGAGAAGAAGAAUGCUCUGAUCAUUUUGGAUGACCUGUGGGAGAAGCGUCCUUCUCAACUAGAAGAAUUAAAGUCUAUGCUGAAGCAGGGUAAGGGGUGCAAGGUGAUGGUUGUAGUUACCACACGUGAUGAAGGCAUUGCAAAUGAGAUCUCCACUGUUCAGCCUUACAACUUACCUCAAUUGUCAGAUGAGAUGUGCUGGGAAAUAAUGAGGCAAAAAAGUAAAUUUGAAACAAGAGAUGACAAAGAAUGGCUGGAGCCAAUUGGAAAGGAUAUUGCAAAGAAGUGCAAAGGUGUAGCUUUAGCUGCUCAAUCACUUGGACACAUUUUGAAGUCCAAGUCUUAUGGAGAAUGGAAUUCGGUCAGAACCAAUCAUAUCUGGAAUCUAUCUACUUCUACAGAUGCAUCAUCUGGACAUGAAGUGCUUGGAUCCUUGCUGUUAAGCUACAACCUCAUGCCUCCAUACUUAAAGUUAUUCUUUGCUUAUUGUGCAAUCCUUCCAAAGGGUCGCAAGAUGAAUAAAUAUAAGCUAAUCCAUCAAUGGAUUGCUCUUGGAUUCAUGGAGCCAUCUAGUAUAUUCUCUAAUUGGCAACUCGGUGAAAGUUACAUUAUGCAGCUUCUGGAGAUGUCAAUUCUUCGACAUUCAAAGAUGGGCCCAACACCAUCAUCGCCAGCGCGGGUCAAGGAGGAGCCACAGUCCCCGUCGCGGCGCCCCGUUGCUCGCCGCCCGGUCAAGGAGCUGCCGCUCGCGAUCACGGAGGCGUGGGGACGCAUGCUCUGCUACCUCGGAGGCGGCGAUGUCGGCGGUUCCUCGGGCUCGAGGGCCAUCGUCCCCGAGGAGUGGAUGGCUGUCGUUGAAUGUUACGACACAAACAAGAUUGUCACACUGUUCACAAUGCAUGACCUGGUGCAUGACCUCGCAAGGUCAGUCAUGGCUGACGAAUUUAACUUGACGGGCCCCAACUGCCGCUAUGCAUGGAACAUAGAUUGCACGAAGCCACUAAAGUCAUCCACGACUUCACCUGAAAAGUUAAGGGCGCUGAAUAUUGUGCGCGCAGCUGGAACCUCAUGGUCUAAGUUCCAUCAUGAUGCAAUUGCACCAGCAAAGUACGUCCGUGUCUUGCAUGCAUCAGUCAAAUCGAAUAGGUUGUUCACUUCUAUUGGUCAAUUGAAGCAGUUGAGGUAUCUUCAUGCUCCAAAUAUCCAGGGUCGAGUGGAUCUCGGGUGUAUCGGUUGUCCGAAUCUGAAAGAACUCCCACAUUCGUUUGCGAAUCUCAAAGAGUUGGUAUAUCUGAACUUAUCAGAGAGUGAUAAUGUUUUAGGACUACACGAAGCUUUGGCUAACCUUUCCAAACUCCAACAUUUAGAAUUAACAGCAUGUGAAAAUCUCAGAGGACGUCCAGAAGUCAUCAGCAAUCUCACCGAACUCCGCAAUCUGAAGCUAUCAGGGUGCAUGCAUCAUAUAUUUGACAGCUCAUCAACAGAUCAAACUGAGAGUUUCAUUGACUGUAUCUGUAGGCUUCCCAAUAUGGAGCACCUGGACCUGUCUUUUAAUGGUCAUCCUCUUAUUAGUAUACCACAAAGUGCUAGCUGCCUCCAGAAGCUGGUCCUUCAAAACUGCAGCCAUGUUUUUAGGCUUCCAGAAUGUGUGGCUAAAAUGGACUGUCAAAGCCUUUUUGGCUUGUUGCCAAUGUUUUCUGUAACUGUCGAGGAUAGUAAAUGUUACACCAGCCUUGGCUUGCUUGAGCAUGUAAAUCCUGACAAGCUGUACAUCGACAAACUUGAAAAUGUGAAGUCCCGAGAAGAGGCACGCAGUGUAAAAUUGAUUGAAAAACAGAGGAUUGAAGAAUUGACAUUAAAGUGGACGCCAAAAGGGAAGAGAUCUGUGGAUGACAUGGAGUUGUUGACAGAGCUAGUGCCACCGACCGCUUUGCAGAGCUUUGGGAUAUAUGGUUAUAUUAGCGUCAGCUUUCCAAACUGGCUAAUGAGUAUUGGCAAUUAUCUCCCUAAUGUUGUCCGAAUGGAGAUGUUUGAUUUGCCCAACUGCAACAGUUUUCCACCCCUCGCCCAACUACCACCAAAUCUCCAGGUGCUUAUUCUGAAACGCAUGGAAAGCCUGCAAGAAUGGAACACAACAUACUCUAGUGGCGAGGAUGUAGGAGUUUCUACUAAUCUAACAGUUGAAAACAAGGAGGUGCCUCUGCAUCAGUGGCGAUUGCUUCACCAUCUACCUGCCAUCAGUGAUUUGAGGAUCAAAUAUUGCUGUGAUUUGGCAAGCUCACCAGAGAUCACCUGGGCCCUCCGGUCCCUCAAAUCACUAAUACUAAGGAACUCGGCCCAAACAAAACUGUCUGGAUGGGUAGCUGCCGCUGUUGUUAGGAGGACUUAUACCUCUCUCAAGAAACUUCGAAUUGGGUAUUGUCCUGCUAUCACGACUCUGCCAGACAGAUACAACAACUCACAAAUCUCCAAGAAUUAG